AAUAUAUACAAAAUAGAAUUCAAAUUUCAAAGAUUGUUUGUUACAACAUAACAAGGGUACAAAGCAAACAGACAAUGACACUUUAGAAAACGAAGAAGAAGACGAGGAAGGAAGGAGCAAAGGCAUGGGAAAACAGAAAAAAGAAGGAAGGGAAUCAGAUAAUGAAAUAGUACAAAACGAAGAAAAAGACGAGGAAGGAUGGGAAAAAGAAAUGAAAAAACGGAAAGAGGAAAGAAGGCAUCCGUCGACUGACGCUUCCGAGGCCAGCGAGACGGCUGCUGCUGAGGCUGAAUCGUAUGAAAUCACGGUCAAAGCGAAUCGAUCAUUCGCGGACAGAAUCGGGGCGGUUACGCGUUCAAAAUUGGCAAUUGAAAAUAGAGAUCCUAAAUUGGCACAAUUGCCUCAUGUAAAAAUAAGCCGUCUGCCGUCAUCUAUUGCUCACCAGGAAAAAAGAACAGAAACAGGAAGAGGAGAAGGAAAAGGAGCAGGAAGAGGAACAGGAAGAGGAUCAGGAAGAGGAUCAGUAUCAGGUUCAGGAACAGGUUUAGGAACAGGAACAUGUACAGGAAGAGGGAGAGGGAGAGGGAGAGGAACAGGAACAGGAACAAGAACAGGAAAAGGAAGAGGAAUAAGAACAGGAACAGAAACAGAAACGGGAACAAGACGAGUAGGAAGACCACGAAAAGAAGAAAAACGUUUGUUGAAGCAGUAAAAUUAACAUUGCAAGAGGAAUACAACGAAUUCAGAAGCAGAAGAUUUUUUAAAAUUUUGAUUAAAAAAAUAAAUAAUACGUCUUCUUCGGCAGUAAUCUGGGCUUACCGACGGACGAAUUAUUUAUAAUUCCGGACUUAUCGACAAAUAUAUUUAUUCUUAAGAGAUAGCUUUGUCUUAAGUUAGUUGCACGUCAUUUUUUAAAAAGGUUGGUUCAUCUUUGAAAGAAAAUGUAUUUGUAAAAUUUUUUUUACAUUCUACGAACCACAAAUUUCACAUCAUUGUCAGCAUGAGUUAGUAAGUCCUUCAAGGUCAUUAAUACUGGAACAUUUUAAUUUCAAUUCGUUUGUAAAUAGUUCAUAUUCAACCGCUAGAUGACGAAUUGGUAGAGAAUAUUUUGUUAAAGAAAAUAUAUAUGAUGUAAAAUCGACCAUUCGCAGGUAUGAAUGAAUUUAAUUGGCUAAUUAAAUUUCCCGCACAAUUUUUUCAUCUGGUUAAAAUUUUAAUAAAAUUCAGGGAGACCCGGGUCGGAUCGGGUUGCCCAAAACUUGAUCCUCAACACGCCCCGAAUGCCCUUAUCAAAACCCACCCAAAUAUAAAGUAAAAUGGAACCAGUUUUUAAAAAAUUAACUUUACUUGAACGAUUAUUAAUGAAAUCAACAAUUUUGAAACAUAAGAAAGAGCUAUGUCUU